AGGGCUCAGGGGUCACGGGCUAAAGGCUGUUUCCUCUAAUAGGAAGAGAGCUGUCAUUUAAGGUAUUAGCUGUCUAAUCUUAGCUGUAACCCCCCCUCCCCCGGGCUGUUUUUCUGGGUUGGGGAUGCCAGGCGCAUAGGUUAUAGUACACAGUGUUACUGCUACAGCUGCUACCUACAUGCUGUCUGUCUGUGGGAGAGGAGAGAGGUAGAAUGAGACUUGCAGGUGUGUAUACGAACAACCCAUGGAGCAGGAAACCUUGGAAACCUUGGAGAUUAUUGAGAGGGGAGAGAGGUCUGUCAGCAGCAGUACUGAGGCCACGCCCCCAUAUGGCUACCAGCUAGACCUGGACUUCCUGAAGUAUGUGGACGACAUACAGCGUGGCAACACCAUCAAGAGGCUGAACAUCCAGCGGAAAGCCAGGCCUGUCCGGCCGGCGGCGGGACCCGUGCCCAGGGGAGGUUGCUCUGGUGGGGGCAGUGAGUACAGUGGGCAGGGCCAUGCUGAAUGGACCUCCACAGGCUCCCUACCCUCCUCCAGUGAAGAGGCACAGCAGAGUCCCCUCUUCUACCCCUCCCCACAGCAUCACCCUCCCCCCACCCUGAUUUACCACGCCCAUGCCCCUCUCCCGUCCUGUGAGCCUCCCCUUCCUCCCCUACCCCCUGAGGGCUACCUGAGCCUCCCCGCCGAACCCAAUCAACGGCCCCAGCCCCCCUCUCCGUGGGAGCCUCCCCUCCUCAACCCCCAGGUUGAGAAGACCCUGAUGGAGACGAGGAGGAGGUUAGAACAGGAUCGCCUCCUCAUGCAGCCCCCCUCCCCCUCCGGACCCCCAAGCCCUGCUCCUCGCCACCGCCUGGCGUCCUUCGGAGGGAUGGGGGGGUCCAGCACCUCCCUGUUCUCCCCUAGCACCCCCCAGCCCCUGCUGCCCAACGGGGGUGGAGGUAGUGGAGAGUACAACCCCUACUACACUUCCAUGGGUUCCUCUAUCCACCACAGCCCCAUGUCCUCAGGCAUGACCACGCCGGCCAGCAACGUGUCUCCGCUCCACCUGCAGCACAUCCGGGAGCAGAUGGUGGUGGCCCUGCGGAGGCUGAAGGAGCUAGAGGAGAAGGUGAAGACCAUACCUGUCCUGCUGGUGAAGAUAGCCGUGCUGCAGGAGGAGAAGAGACAGAUGACCUGUCAGAAGAACCAGAGGCUGGGGGUGGGGGGCGUAGUGGGGGGGGGGUUCAGGAAGAGGUCCUAUAGCGUGGGCAGUGCUGACCAGCUGGACCCCCAGACACAUACCCUGCAGACCCAGGAGCUGCACAUCAUGGAGCCAGAGGGCCAGGAGGGUCAGGGCCAUAGUCAGAGUACCAAGGGGAUGGAGGAGUUCAGGAGGCUGGCUGCAGAGGUCCGAGCCCUGGGGGCGAACAGCCAGGAGCAAGGCUCUCACCAGGCCAGGCAGACCCAGACCCACAAUAACAACAACCAGCUCACCUCCACGGCAGUCGGCCCAGAUGAGAACAUGAACGACGCCACGGUGGUCGCCCAGAGGAAGUCGCCGGUGAUGACGACGGUACAACAACGACACUUCUACCGUGACGUCGGAAUGGCGACGGAGCAGCGUGAGACGCGCAGUGCUGGGACGGGCGUGACGGAAGCCAUGUUGGGCGUGACCAGCGAGGUGGAGGCAGAGUUAGACUUGCAGCAGCAGACCAUCGAGGCCCUGAAGGAGAAGAUCUACCGGCUAGAGGUGGACCUGAGAGAGACCACCCACCUGAUGGAGAUGUCCAAGCUGAAGCUAGAGCUGCAGGCCGCUGGGGGAGCCAAUAGGAAGAGGGCUGAUAAAGGCUGCCAGGUGCGGCCAGACACCUACAGCAUGGCCUGCCAGGCGCGGCCAGACACCCAGAGCACUGGCUCAGAGACCUGGCGAGUCCAGACAAACAGCCAGGGAGUGGGGAACCAUCUAGAGACCAGCCAUGCCUCCACAGGAGAGACCCUCCACACUGUAGGGGUAGGGGUGUCCUGUCAACCCAGCCUGAGACACACUGCUUCGGGACCUGACCUGCCUAUGGAGAGAUGGCUGGUGCAGGAGAGGGUAGAGGUGCAGGACCAGUGUGUGGGUAGGCAGUUGGAGGUGUGUGACCAGGGGGUGGGGGUGGAGGUGGGGCUGUGUGACCAGGGGGUGAACACUGAUGAGGAAGUAGACAGUCUAGAGCUGUGUAAGUCCCGGGAGACAGAGGCCAGGGAGAGGGCGAGCAGGUCGGUGGGCGUUGGGGAGUGUUCUAGAGACGUCGCUGUCAGACAGCUGGGGACUAACCCUGUCCUGGGCGUCACCACGGACUCUGCUGUCAUGGUAACCCCAGACACAGCCUCCCAAUACACCAGCACCCUACUGGAGACCGCUAGCCAACACACCAACACAGAGACAGUGGUGCUAGUUGACGGCUGUACCAACACUGCCCUGGUUCACACUGCUGAGAAACACACCAGCACGCUAACCAAUCACACAAGGACUGUCGCUGUGGGCGAGGGGCUGGUCAAAGACCCACAGACCGUUCCCAAAACCAGGUCUAUUGCCGUGGGAAACACAGCGGAGAGAGACGGCAGUCCAGAGGAGGCAUGGUCGGUCCAGACCAAAGAGGUGGGCGUCGGCCUGGUCGGCAUCCACACCAACUUCCUGGUCGGCCUGAAGACCCGGAACAUUGCCUGUGGCCCCUCCCACCUGGACGGAACCGCUGUUGCCGAGGAGACCAUUGCCGUGACGACUGUUGUACCACCCCAGGCCCAGGCCAUACCACCACCCCAGCAGGUGGAGGGGGGGGCAGGACUAGACCACUACAUAGAGAGGCUUCAGAAGCUACUUCAGGAACAACAGAUGCUAUUGACUGAGAACUACAGUGAGCUAGCGGAUGCUUUCGGACAGCCCUGCUCUUCUCAGUUCACCCACUUUGGUUCUAUCAACAGCCAGCUGGUCAACACUCUGACGUCUAUCAACUCUGUCAUGAAGUAUGGCAGUGCUGAGGAUCUGAGGACACAGCGAGAUGACAGCAGCACCGCUACAGGUGGUAAGAGCGCUCUGAAGUCCAUCAUGAAGAAGAAAGAUGGCCGCCAGGGUUCUUUGGGAACCAAGAAGAACCUGCAGUUUGUAGGAGUCAAUGGAGGGUACGAGACAACGUCGAGUGAUGAAUCAGAGGACAGCAGCUCCUCUGAAACAGAGGAGGAGGAGGAGGAGGUGUUCGGAGGAGGAGAGGAAGCUGAAGAAAGGAACACAGAGGAAUUCCAGAACGAGGGAGCAGUGGAAUGGGAAGGAUGAAGAGGAGGGAGGAGGAGAGAAGCAAGAGAUGAGAGAGAGGUU